AUGUCGAGGAGUUAUGUGCCAGCUUCCCAGGCUUUGGUGGGGAACACGAGCAACAGCCUCGCGAUACCGCCAGUAUGGAACGCGCAGCCAAGCAGCAACGGUUUACUACAAAGGCCAGAAUGGACAGAUACGAAUGCUAUGAAAUGCUGGAAUGAGGUCUUUCCAGAUGCCAUGAUAAGAUUCAAGUCCACGAAAGAGCCCAAGGGCCGAUCGGGAACCGACUAUCACAUCAGAGACAAAACCAAUUGGGAUGCUAUCUACUAUACACUUGAAUCGGCGCGGGCAAAAUACCAGAUGAGCGGAGGGCCAGUGGGCUGGAUUCGAAAGGUGCGAAGAAAGGCCGCCGAUAACAUCACUCCUGGAGCUGAAGCGGCAAAGAUCGCUUCAAAAUUUGUUCCUCAGGAUACAAUCGCGACUCCAGUCGUAGGCGCCGUAGAGGUCAUACUUGACGCUGUCAAGACUGCUGCAAAGGUGCGAAACCAGGUUCUUAAAGGCUUCGACGGGGUUGUUCCACUCUUUUCCGACGCAGAGCUCUUCCUCAGCACGUUCCAAGGUGAUGUGAACAUUCAAAACGCAUCUAUUAAAUUGAUUGCCGCGACAAUGGAGGCUGUAGAACGAGCCAUAGGUUUCUUCAUCAGCAAUGAGUUCCUACGAGGCGGCAAAGCCUUCCUCAGUGGUGGAGACUACGGAGGGAGCUUACUCAACAGUCUCAACAUGAUCGAGAUGAAGGCCAGGAAUCUUAUGGAGCAAGCAGAUAAAUCUCAUAUGUACCAGUUCCACAUGUAUUCUCAAGAGAAGAAAAGGAUUCUUAAGCAACUUGACUACAAGGCCGACAUCUUGGUCACUGGAAUCAACACGAUAGAGCAGCUACUGGGAGACCAUCUGCAGCAGAGAGACCGCGAGCUGGAAAUUGCCCGACAGGAAAACAAUCGUCUCUUAGCCGAGAACGUGAUACUGCGCUCUACAUCGCCAAUGCAGCAAAGCAUGUGGGCUCCUCCGCCGCAGUCAGCCCAAGCACCAGCCCUGGGUUGGUACAUCAACCAAGACACACUGCGAAACAUGAUUGACACCUUUGACCUCGACUUCUUCGACAUCGCCUUCGUCACUGAUAAAAAAGAGCAGCUUUCCGCAAAACAUAGAGCACGAGCUGAGCAAAUCAUCCACACACCGCUCUUCGAGAACUGGAUUUUACCACCCCAGAUAACGCUGUUCAUCAUUGUUGAUGGCGCAGUUUUAUUCGAAAGGGAGCAAUUUGAAGAUGAGGCAUUGAAGGUGUUUGCCAGCUUGCUUAGACUUGUUGUUGAUACCAGUGUGAUGGCUUCCAUCAAGGUGCUAUUUACCAGCACACCCGGCACGCACAUUGCACGAACACCUUUUGAGCCAGAGGAUCUGAUCCUGAAUGUAGAUAACUUGCCACGGCCGGCAAUAGGGAGCGAGGAACGCAUGGUACGAGAGCUUCAAGGCGAGCUUGGAGACGAUGGGAACUGUGAUGAGUGGAGAUGA